AUGCCAAAGCACGUAUUCGGAGCUGGCCAGCAGGGUUCCCUCUUCGUCCCCAUCACCGCAGGCAUCGCAGCCAUAGGCGCAGGCGUCUUCUACAUGGGCAGAUCCAAACCCGAAACCACACCUGAGCAAGACCGCAAGGGCCGCGCAGAGGCCAAGAAGGCAGAGGGUCUCGGCGGCGCAGGCAUUGGCCAGAACGCCGUCACGGGCGGCCACGAGCUGAGCCAUGCCAACUCCCGCCGCAGCGAGGGCUCCCCGGCACCUCUCGAGAAGCUUCCUAGCGGCGGCGUGGGCGGCGGAGUGGGCGCUGGCGGCUCAAACGUGCGCACCUCGGUCGAGAUGACCGCCAAGAAGUAG